UGCGUCUGCUUGCGUUUACACAGUGGUGUACACUCUCGCACAAUGACGAAUGUUGUUUUCUCAGCUCGCGCGUACUGUAAAAUUAUUUUACACGCAGCCAAGUAUCCGCAUUGUGCAAUAAAUGGUUUGCUUCUUGGUAAGCAAGAGACUGCUAAUGGCAGACAGGAUUUGUGCAUCAAAGACGCAAUACCUUUAUUUCAUAUAUGCCUACAUGUUUCCCCCAUGGCGGAAAUAGCACUUACUUUGGUGGACCAGUUAGCUGCCAGCAAAGGCCUUAUAUUGGUUGGUUAUUAUCUAGCCAAUGAGAAUAUAAAUGAUUUAAGUACAGACAGACCAGCCCACAGAAUAGCAGACAAAAUUGCUGACAAUUUUAACAAUGCAUUGCUUGUAGUGGUGGAUAACAAAGCAAUGUCCCUAGAGAUGAGAUGUAGUCCGCUGAGAAUUUCACAAUAUGUAGAUGGAAAGUGGAGGCCAAAGGACGUGGCAAACAUAAUCUAUGAAAAAGGCGCUACACACUCAGAAGCAAUGUCUUCAUUACUGAAGUCUGAAGAAUACAAGAAUCUAAUAGAUUUUGACAACCACCUUGAUAAUAUCUCUCUUGAUUGGCAAAAUCAAGAACUUGACAAAACUAUAGAACACAUUAUUAAUCUAUACAAAUAAAGAAGACAAUGCAUUCCAUACAUAAUUUAUACAAAGAUUGUUUUAUUUAUAUGUUAUGUGUUGCACUCUUUAUCUCUAUUUCAUUCGCAGUAUGCAAAAAUGUACAUACGCUAGAAUUUAUAAAUAACUAUCACCUGUUUUUAAAA